CCCUUGUCUUACGCACAUCCCUUUACUGGACGCGUAACAAGGGAAUCUGAUGCUGCCGCCUGGCUCGGUUCUCCCUUGGGGUCACCGUGUCCCUUGUCCACGUGGGUGCUGCUGCUUGCAGCUUAGAUGUGCAUGUGGUACUUGGAUGGUGCAUGUCCCCAAGAAGAGAUGGGGAUGGGGCAAUGAGACCUCCACCUGGGAAGGAGAUGAGUGGGAGAUGGCAAGGAGCUCCUGCUAAGGAAGACUGGACCCAGAGCACAGAGGCAGUGCCAACCAGCUCUGCUGCUGAGAUGAGUACCUUUUGGGCAGGUUACUCAUUUCUGCAUCUCCGUUUUCCCAUCUGCAAAGCAGAGACACUGAGACGGGCAAAGUGGGUCAAAACCCACAGAUGGAGAAACGCCAGCCCAUCCUCAGUCGCCUCAGGACUUGGGACUGCAUCUAAUGCCACGCGCCUACUUGAUAGUCCAGUGCCUUUUGGGGGAAUCCCUGUGUUGGAUGAUGGGGUCAGCUGGAGUCAGACCCUCCGGAUGCAAAGUGCCAGCGAUGGGAAAUGCAGAGCUGCCCCUGUUCUCCAAAUCCAGCCCUGCCGACCUGGUAGAGCAAGACUGGCACGCGUGUUCAGGGAGGCGCAGAAACACUGCAUCGGACAUGUCCACAAGCGGCAGAGGUGUAACCUUGGCCCCGUUGCAUUGAAGAGCAAAGCUGAUGCUGAUUUCAAGCAGGGCAGGCUGUCCCUCAAGCAAUUCAGAACAGAAGUCACCUCUCCUCUGGCUCUGAAACUCUCCAAGUCUUGAGAUUUUGCUUUCUCCAUCCCUGAUGCCCUUUCCAUCACUCCUCUGGAUCUCUUUUUCGUUUCAACUCUUUUCAUUUAUUUUGGGAGCUGGACUCAGCCAGUUUUUCUGUGGAUUUGGAAGGUGCCAGCUCUCUGGGGUCUGCGUUGGAUGUUUCUAGGAGUGAUGAGGACUUCUGAUCCCUUUCCCUCCCGAUCUGAGAAUGCGACUUGCCAGUUUGAACGUCUGCAACGGUGCACCAAGAAACACGCCUUAUGGCCUGCUUUAGCCACGUGCCUGCAACUUAGCGCAAGUCCCUUGGAAGUCAAGGCUGACAUCAGGUGCAUUGCCCCUGAUGCCAGCGCCCGGACGGGGGUUCACCUUCAGGAAGAGGAUGUGGGUAUCAGGCACGUGGCAGCUCUGAUGUCAACCCGUGGAUGGCGGCUGCAUGCCAUCAUCAGAAGGUGCCACAGGCCAGCGUUCCCUUUGCCAGCUCUGACCUGCACGGUGCAGGUGGGAGGGGAGCGAGGAGGCCUCCCGUUGCAGGGGAUGAUUCCUCAUGUGCACCCGUGCACUCCCGGGCCCGUAUCCUAUCUCGGCUCUAAGGCACCAGUGUGCACCCCUGCGAAGCUGCUCGUGCAUGGGGCAGGAACCGGAGGGACCUGCAAGUGCUUUGCAGCAUGGAGCAACUGCUGUGGGAGCCCCUGGAUGAAAAUCAUUGUGCAUAAAUCAAUGAGCCAGUCCUUGCCGCUUCUGACCAGAGCCCGCCUGCCUUAUCAUCGCAGCCAGUAUAGAGCAGAGAGCUGGCAGGAGCCCCGGGAGGUCUCCAGGCUGCCCCCUGCCCCCCUGCACCAGGGCAGAGUCAAAGCUAUCUACUGCAUCCCUGGCAGGGCUUUGAUGAUGGUUCCUCAUUCUCAGUUGUGUUCGGACACCUCUCCAUGAGUCCGUGGGUCAACUGGUUUAAUUCAUCUAACAUUGCAAUCGACUUGCCCUCCACUCUCUCUACUUCAUCCCUGCAUGGUUCACAGCCCUUUGCCAGCCCAGGUGUGACUCUCGGUCGCUGUCUCUUUGCAUGGUGCAGAAGCCAAGGGAGGACAGUGCUUUCUGGUACCUAAGGGAUUUCCCUUCGGCAGGAGAUCCGGGUCAGAGCACCCCACAUCAGCUGUGGCGAGGUGGAAGCCGCUGAGAGCAGGUCUCUGCUCAGUGCCAGUGCAUGUGCAUGUGGAGAGGUUUCGCUCCCCUGAGACCAGGGUGCAAGUGGCAUGACGGUACAAACAGACUCGGGCAGCACUGUCAGUGCCACCUCUGGGGGAGCCUUGUGCUACCAUCUGGAGAGCCACUCUGACUUUCAAGCCCUCGUGCAUGGGGCAGCAGAGAAGCAGGGAAGCUCUUAACUGAAUUACAGGCUCCUGGUUCUGGUCUUUGAUCCAGCAGGAAGCACUCGACUUGGGCCCAGUUCUGGUCCAUCCCUCUGUCUGCAGGUGCCAGUAAGAGCAGCUCUUUCUCUGCUCCAUCACAGGCCAUCGCAGGCCACUGCCAGCGCUAACCCUGGUCGCUGCUUCUCCGUAGGCUGCUCCUCCUCCAAAGUUGCCUGGUCUAGUGCAAAGCCACUUGUCCACUCCCUCUCUGCCCUCAUGGAGAUCCCUGCGGCCAACUUUUUCCUGGCUUCCAGCAUGGACUCGUGCCUGCAGCUGGUCGCCCAGAAGAACAUCAACAUCAUCCUGCAGCAUUACAACUACACUGGGAGGCUGAGCCACCGGCGGUCCCAGGGGGACGGGAUGAGCCUUGUCAGCAUCCUCGUCAUCGUCGUCAGCUGCCUCAUCGUGAUGGAGAACCUGCUGGUGCUGCUGGCCAUGUGGAGCAUGCGCACCCGCCGCUGGGUCUACUCCUGCAUCGCCAGCAUCACGGUGAGCGACCUGCUGGCAGGAGUGGCCUACGUCUUCAACCUCUGCCUGUCGGGCAGGAAGACCUUCCAGCUCUCACCCCAGCUGUGGUUCCUUCGGGAGGGCAUCCUCUUCAUCGCCCUGGCUGCCUCCAUCUUCAGCCUGUUGGUGACGGCCAUCGAGCGGUACAGCACCAUGGUGCGGCCCAUCGCCGAGAGCGAGAGCACCAAGGCCAUGCGCUUGCGAGGCUUCAUCGUCUCCUUCUGGCUCCUGGCCAUCCUCAUCGGGCUCUUGCCUCUGUUGGGCUGGAACUGCCUGUGCGACUUCGACAGCUGCUCCACCCUGCUGCCCCUCUACUCCAAGAAAUACGUCAUCAUCUGCGUCUUCGUGUUCAGCAUCAUCCUGAUAGGCAUCGUGGGCCUCUACGUUGCCAUCUACCGCCUGGUGCGGGCGGCCUCCAUCACCCGCCACAGCAACGUGCGCUCCCUGCGGCUCCUCAAGACCGUCUUGAUCAUCCUGGGUGCCUUCAUCUUCUGCUGGAGCCCGCUCUUUGCCUUGCUGCUCAUUGACGCCUUCUGCAAGCCCCAGGCGUGCAAGCAUCCCUACCCGCUGGACUUCGCCUUGGCCAUGGCUGUGCUCAACUCAGCCAUCAACCCCAUCAUCUACUCCUUUCGCAGCGCGGACGUGCGCCAGGCCAUCGUGGGCCUGCUGUGCUGCUGCUGCAUCCGCCUGGGGCUCCGCGGGCCCGGAGACUGCUUGGUCGUCCCCAACAUCCACUCGGGCUCCUCCACCGAGAGCUCCCUGCGCUGUCGCGACAGCUUCCGCAGCCCCGUCAUAUCGAGCCCUCGCCCGCGGGCGCCUCUCUCCAGCAACUCCAGCAUGCUGAGCAACCCCUCCAGCAUCUGAGGGGGCUUCACCGAAGGGACGUGACUCGCUCCCGGCUCUGGACUUGCCAUGCUUGACCCGGGGGUGGAAAAGAGACAGGCGGGGACUGAGGCAGUGGGAUUGAGUCUGUAGGAAUGACAUCCCACGGCUCAGGCUGGGCUCUGCCCCAGGAGGACAUGGGAAGCGAACACGUGAUUGACCCAGCUGACAUGCUUGAGACCACCUUGUACUGGCAAAGGCAGGGCCUGCCCACAAUUGGGGGGCGGGCAUUGCCCCGGGGUGUGUGACGUGCCUGCAUUUAUGGAGCUGGCAGGGCUCCAGGGUGAUUGCUGUGCUUGGGGUUGGGGGCGAGCUGUUAUGCGGUUGGAUAUAUGCAGUGCCCCUGGCUAUGAGGUUUCAUAACAGGCUGGCCUGUCCCUUUAAGAGGGGGCAGCCAGCCCUGUUGAGCAAAAUGCCCUCUGUAGGGGCUGUGCAAAGGCCAGAGGCACACAAGGGACGCCUGCCAGUGUCCGAAACAACACAACCAGGUUGCGUGUGUGUGCUUGCUUUAUUUCAGGACUCUUGUUUUCUAGAUGAGGACUGGCUGAGGAGCUCGGGGAGCUAGGACCUGCCUGGAAAAGCCCACGUGCAAGGCAACCCGCUUACACACACACGGGCAUUGCACCACGGUGCAUCCUGUGUCCAUGGUUGGAGAGGUGCCUGGGGUGGGGGGUGGGGAAUAGCACGUUUUCUCCCUUGAAACAUCUGCUUUUUUAUUUCCCCCCAAAACCAGCUGCUGGAAAUUGUGGUGCGCCUCAUAAGUGAGGAAAUAUGGUAACAGCGGUUUGGGCUGCCUGAGCUUCUGCAGGGUGAAAGCAAAAAUCACUCGACACCUGAUCCGCAGAACAAGGGGCAGGCUCUGCUCCCCGCCUCUUGUAAGGAAAGAUCUUUUUUUAAAUUCCUUCUGCCUCUCAGAAACAAGGUGCGUGUCUUAUUCUGGGGCGUGUUGCAUGCAAGGAAAUACGGUAGAUGCUCUGCCUGCCGCCCCGGGGUGGGCACA